GUGAAGUCGACCAGUGCUUCCUUCUGUUCGAACUUAGUUUAAAUUAAUCAUCAGAUUUUCACAUCAAUCUGUUGCUAUGGGGGUUACUGAUGUCACACUGCCAGUAUUAUGAUUACCAUAAUAUCUAACAAGCAGAGAGGGGCUGGUUGCUAGUGGAGACCCAUGGGUGAAAUUCAUCCAGCUUCAGUAACCGGUCCAACUGCAUAGACUUUAGAUAACCAUGUGAAGGGGGGCUGAUGGCAGAAAGCGGCGGAAGUGGUCAUGUGUGCUUCGUGACCACAUACCUCCAAGAGUGGGAAGAUGGCUUUGCAAACCCUUUUGUGGCUUCCACCAGAAAAGUGUAUGAACAAAAUUUAGUGCAAUUGUCGGUUCCACCACCCUGUGCACCGCCUAUGCUGAAUGGACCCAGAAAGCCGGACGGAUCUAAGGACAAGGAUGACAGUGAAGAGCUUAUUAUCCCUUUGAAAGGAGAUCUCAGACUCUCAAUAGAAAAAAGCAAGGAUUCCAAAAAAAACCCAGUCUUUGAAAUUCAAGAGAAGCAGGAAGACAUGCUGAAACCAAAGUCUGGUUGUAAUAAUUUCAAGAUGCUAAGAAAGUCCAAGACCAUUCCUCUUCACUUAAAUCCCAAGCAAGCCAGCCACGUCCAACCCACAGUGACCAACCAGAGGAAAAACAACCAGAGUGAUAAGAUAGCUCCCCCCAGUGUUCUUUUCCUGGUAUUGCAGAAAGACUUGGGCCAUCUGUUCACAGAAGAUACUACAGACUGCCUUUCUGACGGUUCCUUUGCAAUGGAAGUCCACAAGGCACACUUUCUGUUGGAGAGAAAGCUAUGCCUGAACCCCGGGGCUCUGGAUUCCCCCAAGUCCAAGGAUGAGAAGUCCCAGGACAGGAAGCAGGAAGGCUCCCAGAACCCCCAGGCCCACUCUGGGGAUGGCAACCCUGGGAUAGGGCGCCCUGGCCACGUGCAGAGGCCCUUCUCGGGCACCCGGAAGCCUCCCCGGGUCUUCAUGAGGAAGAGAUGUUCUGCCAGAGCACAGAACACCAGGAUCAAAAGUAGGACUAUUCCCCAAGAGAAGGAGCCCUGUAUGGGGGGCCCGAGUGGCGUCGGGGGCCUGUUCCCACUGUGCCUGCAGCUUGCCGUCCUCGGCAUCCUCAUCAUCGUGGUGUUCGUCUACAUCACCAUGGAGAAGAAGCCACUCUUCGGUUAGGCGCCUGAGGAGCAAAGCAAUGCACCACACCUCAGGUCACCCCGCCAAGCCCUUCUGCUCUGGGGAGGAACCCAGAGUUAGCUGAAGGGGCUGUGGCUCUUGGAACCAGUCCCCUGGUCCUGUGCUGGGUGGAUGCAGCCAGGCCUGGGCACAGCCAGGUGAGAGAGAAGCAGGCUGCUGUGUCAAGACAGUGAUGGUCAGCAAAUCCCCUGAGCAAUGUAAGUCAUUGCUAAAGGUACUUCCACGUAAAGCAGACUUCCAAACAAGAAA